AUGAAGUUCCUGGCCCUGCUUUUCCUGCUCUCUGCGGGCACAGCCAGCCCUCCUGUCUCACCCAGGGCCGUGUGGGAGUUUCGCAGCAUGAUCAGAUGCACCAUCCCGGACAGCCAUCCUCUGCUGGAAUUUGCAGACUACGGCUGCUACUGCGGCUUGGGAGGCAGCGGGACACCAGUGGAUGAGCUGGACAGGUGCUGUCAAGUACACGAUAACUGCUACUCGCAGGCAAAGGAACUAGAAUCAUGCAGAUUCCUCGUGGACAACCCCUACACAAAGCCAUACACCUUCAGCUGUUCCCGCGGGCAGAUAACGUGUAACGGCAAGAACAACGAGUGCGAGAUGUUCAUCUGCAACUGCGACCGCGCCGCUGCCCUCUGCUUCGCCAAGGCGCCCUACAACCCCGAGCACAGGAGGCUGGACACCGCCAAGUACUGCAGCUAG